CCAGGUCUGGGGAGCUAGUCACUCAGCCAGCAGCCCCUCCUUUCUUUCCCUAGUCUCCAGUCCUCCAGUAUUCACAGGUGAGCUCCCCAGCGGCCGCUGUUCAGGAUGGAGGCCAUCAAGAAAAAGAUGCAGAUGCUGAAGCUGGACAAGGAGAACGCUCUGGAUCGGGCAGAGCAAGCGGAAGCUGAGCAGAAGCAGGCAGAAGAAAGAAGUAAGCAGCUGGAAGAUGAGCUGGCAGCCAUGCAGAAGAAGCUGAAAGGGACAGAGGAUGAGCUGGACAAGUAUUCGGAAGCUCUGAAGGAUGCUCAGGAGAAGCUGGAGCUGGCGGAGAAGAAAGCAGCCGAUGCUGAGGCUGAGGUGGCCUCCUUGAACCGUAGGAUCCAGCUGGUUGAAGAGGAGCUGGACCGAGCUCAAGAGCGCCUGGCCACUGCCCUGCAAAAGCUGGAGGAAGCUGAGAAAGCUGCUGAUGAGAGCGAGAGAGGUAUGAAGGUUAUUGAAAACCGAGCCUUAAAAGAUGAAGAAAAAAUGGAACUCCAGGAAAUCCAACUCAAAGAAGCUAAGCACAUUGCAGAAGAGGCAGACAGGAAGUAUGAAGAGGUGGCUCGCAAGUUGGUGAUUAUUGAGGGAGACUUGGAGCGCACAGAGGAGCGAGCCGAGCUGGCAGAGUCUAAGUGUUCUGAGCUGGAGGAGGAGCUGAAGAAUGUCACCAACAACCUCAAGUCUCUUGAGGCUCAGGCGGAGAAGUACUCUCAAAAAGAAGACAAAUAUGAGGAAGAGAUAAAGAUUCUUACCGAUAAACUCAAGGAGGCAGAGACCCGUGCUGAGUUUGCUGAGAGAUCGGUAGCCAAGCUGGAAAAGACAAUUGAUGAUUUGGAAGAUGAGCUCUAUGCCCAGAAACUGAAGUACAAGGCCAUUAGCGAGGAGCUGGACCACGCCCUCAAUGACAUGACCUCUAUAUAAUUAUCACCGUUUCUGCUCUGUUCUGGAUCUACCCCCUUUCCUCGGGGAACCCAACGCCCCACUCUCGCUCUGGAUUCCAUUUGGGUCAGCCUGGCUGAUCCCCAAGGCAUUACGAUGGGCGGGGGGGAGGUGGCCACAAAACAACUUAUGUAUUCUCUUCCACCCCUCACCCCAAAUUAAAAUGUUAAGCUGCCGGAA